AUGUCGUUUAAAUCCAUUGUCUCGAAAAUCAAAAGGCAACCGUCUAUCAAAAAAUCCAAAAUUGUCUUAGUCGGCGAAUCCAAUUUGGUCGACUCAGAAACUUGGACAAAUCAUGUUUCUAUCAGAAACAUGACCAAAGAGAAAAAACAUAAAAAUAAGGUUAAAACCGCCGCAAAGAAAUUACUAGCGAAAAUUCUCCCAUCCAAAAAAACCACACAAAAAUGUACUGAGAUGAAGACGUUCGAUCAAGCGGAAGAAGAAUAUGCAUCCUCCGAAUAUUCACAGACGAUUUACGAAAACUCCGACUACGAAGAAACCGAAUCCAUCACAUCAUCCGUGACGAUCUACGAAUCGUCCGAUCUUGAAUUUCAGGUCCAACCUCUCAACCUAACGAAAAGGGACUCGACGAAUUUGAAAGCAGACUCACCAUGUAAACUCAACAAACCUCGCACAGAAACCAAAAAUUCAAGUAGCGUUCCCGGCAGCUUACCAUACUGGGUUCAAUCCAACCUCACGAGACUCCAAUCAUAUGAUUUAAGACCUAAGAACACAAAAUUCAACCCCCUCGUAUUUCCGUCGCUGAAGUUAUUAAAAUUUAAAGUAUUUAUCGACUUUGAAAAUUCAACCGAGGUCAUUAUCCCCGAAGGGAUUUCUUUUGACUCUUUUAAGAGAUAUGUAGCAGAAACAUGCGGACACGAGUUUGGAAACAAAUGUCGAAUAUUUUAUCACCUACCGGCUUUUUCUCCAAGGUGUGAUAACGAGUCCAUUCCGGCAAAUUAUUCCAAGGAUACCAUAAUAUAUGAUCACGAGACCCUCGAAAAUUCUAUUAGAAUUGAUUCAGAGAUUGAAUGGGACAUUCUCUCAUGCGCAUUUAGAGACGAAGAAAUCCAUAUGACGAUACAUUAUUAUGAUUUUAUAUGA